AUGGCGAGUGUGCAUGAGAGUCUGUAUUUCAAUCCGAUGAUGACAAACGGAGUGGUGCACGCUAAUGUGUUUGGGAUCAAAGACUGGGUAACUCCGUAUAAAAUCUCAGUCCUGGCGCUUCUUUAUGAGAUGACAGCCAAAGUCAGUCUGCCCAAGAGGAGGCGACUGAACGAGCUCAUCUUACCGCUGCUGCAGGGUCCCGACUUGUCUUUUGGACAGUUAGUGCGGACAGUGGAGGAGUACUGCCCACAGACUGCAUCUUCUGUUGUGCUCAGGCUUCAUGAUAUGGCUGAUGGAGAGUUGAGGGACAUGGAGCAGUUUUUUUCUACUCUUCCAUUCACGGCAUUUGACACUGAGGCCUAUAAAACUAGUGUUGUCGGACUUUUCAUGCGACACAUGCUCCUGGCCUACAACAAGCUGUCAUUCAGUCAGGUGUACAAGUUGUACAAGUCUCUGCAGCAGUACUACCACAGUCACUAUGCCAAACCUCUUUCUACUUUGAACUUCGAUGGAUCAGACAUGGACCUGACGAGCACAGAGGACACUGUAGGAGACCGAAUGGACAAAGAUGAGCUGGACACCCCUCUGCACGAGUCAGAACUCAGAAGUGACAAUGCUCCAAGUAAAGGUCCUCUGUCACAAAAACAAGCGGAGUACUUCCUGGCAAGACAAGCGUACCUUCUGAAGAACGAUGAGAACAAAGCUCUGAAACCUGCUGCCCUCCAAGAGGAACUCAACAACAUGCUCAAGUUUAACCCAGACUUUGCUGAAGCACAUUACCUGAACUACCUGAACAGUAUGAGGGUGCAGGACAUAUUUCUUUCUGCUCACAGCCUCUUGCACUAUUUUGAUCGACUAAUUUUGUCCGGAAAUGAGGGGAAAAGCAACGGUGAUGAGGGCUAUGGCCGAAGCCUACGUUACGCUGCCCUGAACCUGGCAAGCCUGCACUGCCGCUUCGGACACUAUCAGCAGGCUGAUCUAGCUCUUCAAGAGGCAAUCCGUAUUGCUCAGGAGUCCAACGAUCACGUGUGCUUGCAACACUGCUUGAGUUGGCUGUAUACUCUGGAGCAGAUGAAGGGAUCUGACAGCACAGUGUUGACAGAGGAUUCAGUCAAAAUGGCUGCCCAUUUCUGCCUGAGAUACUUGGCAUCCCUGGGCAUUCAGUCUUUGGUCCAGCAGGGGGCAACACAGGGUAAGACGGCGCACAAACUGAUGGAUGCACUGAAGGACACAGACAUCCUGCACUGGAAGCACAGUCUCUCUGAGCUCAUCGAGAUCAGCUUGGCUCAGACCACUUCCAUCUGGAGGAUGUACGGCAAGAGCACCAUGUCAGCACAGCAGGCACAGCUCCUCCUCAACAUGAGCAGUCUGGAGCCGGUCAACUUUGGGGUCCAUCAAAACAAUACGGAGGCCUUCGCAGUGGCUCUGUGCCACCUGGCCGAGCUGCAUGCUGAGCAGGGCUUGUACAGUGCUGUUUCAGAGAUUCAUCAGCAUCUAAAGACACAGUUUCCUCCACACACGCAGCAUGCCAAGUUGUGGAUGUUAUGUGAUCUAAAAAUCCAAUUUGAUAGACAUAUGAAUGAAGGAAAAUACCAUUUGGCAGAGCCGCUUAUUGUUGCCAUGUCGGCUUUAGAUAAAACACAAGGUCUAUACAGGAAAGCUCUCGUUCUGAAGGCACUUAAUCAAUCAACUGAGGCGUACAAAGUCCUGCAAAGGCUGCAAGUUCACUGUGACAAGACCAAGUGCACAGAGCUCACCAUCAGAGUGAUGCUGUCCACUGCUGAGCUCCACUGGGAGUCGUCUGGCUUCUCCACAGCGCUCCCUCUCCUCCUGCAGGCCCUGGCUCUGGCUCGACAGCACCACUUACAGUCUCUCGCCUCAGAGACAAUCCUUCAUUUGGCCUUCACUCAGAUGCUGUCUUUGCAGCUGAUGUUGGGGGUUCCUGAGCAGGCCCUAAACUUUCUUCAUGAAGCCAUUGAGCCGGUUUUAGCUCAUGGAUCAGUGAUGGACAAAGGCCGUGCCCUCCUGCUCACAGCUCGCUGUCAGAUGGCUGUGGCUGGGUUUAAGCCAAACAGACAAGGGCACACAGAUUUAAAAAUGCUGACAUUGGCAGUAGAUACACUCAAUGACGCCACCACUUAUUUCUCCAAGUUAAACUGCACAGAACGGCUACGGGAGAUUCACCACCUCCAGGCUCAGCUCUAUCACGCUUUGGGACAAAAGAGUCAGUGUAACAAAAGUGCCAUGCUUUUCCGCCUCCUGGACCAAGAGUUACAAACCCCGGCUCUGCCUGUUUCCAUGAGGCUCUAA